AUGAUCCAAUCCACCAUGUCCCCGUACUAUGCCUAUGUCGCCUUCGCCCUUCUAUGCACGUCCUAUGCUUGUUACUACAACUACUGUUCACGGAGACGCAAUGAUCUUGUGAGGCUGACCAGCCUCGAUGACAUCGAACACCUUCUAUCCCCUCCCGUCUCCCUCACUGCCCAAUUGCAAAGCCGAGCGCUUGCCAAUGCCCGCCUGAAGCCAGCAUUCGGGAUUGAUUCGACUUUCGUGAAUGGCGACCUUGCCGCUCAUGGCGCAUUCACUAGAUUUGCCAUAAACCUCAUUUCUCCGCGCAAUCUCCCCUGGUCCCGCCUCGCUGACAUCGCCAAAGGUACAGUAACCGUUCAACUGUGCGACCGCGGUUCCAUCCCUUUCGACACCCUGGUACGACGACUCGUCAUGUAUGUGAUCCUCGUAGGUCUAUUGGAAGAAUACGUGGACGAGUCCGCCAUCGCAGUGGACGACAUCGAUCUGGUCACUGGCGGGAUCAACGAGCUGUGGGCCCUGUCGAAGACAUCCACCUACCGUCCGGAUCUUCUAGAGGAAGUCAACAUGCGCCUGCGCUGUUGGCUGCCCAAUAUGACAAACCCAAUGGAGAUUAUCAUCCCCACAUACGAGACGAUGUGGAGGGUCGUGGCAGUUGCCACGGCCCUGGGGCACGAUAACACCCAGGCUAUCCCGCUCUUCUCCGCCCUCCUGCAGCAGCCCACGACUGAGAGAUACCGCCAAUGCACUGACGAUAGUUUCAGCGCGGACGCAUUUAUGCAAGAAGUCCUGCGCUUGUACCCUCCGACUCGGCGCAUCUCGCGCGUCGUGCCGGUCACGACCUCAUCCAUACUCUCCAGAUUUUGCCCUCGCCUUUUCACUCGAUACAUAACUUUCGCCGCGGACGUGGAGGCGCUGCAAUGUGAUAGCCUGUGGGCCAACUCUCGCAGAGAGUUUGACCCAUCUCGCCAUCAUCUGCAGCGCUCCACGGAGCAGCAGCGGAAGACUCUCCUUGCCUUCGGCACAGGCAAGUUGACGUGCGUCGCGAAGAAUUGGGCCCCGCAGGCCGCCGCCAUCAUGGUUGCAGCCAUUUUGGACCAGGUCGGCGCUGAGAAGGACUUCGCACUGGAGCCCGGGAAAGCGAUCGGAGGUAGAGAGGGAUGGGAGGGGUGGUUCGUACAGAGGAGGCUAUGA